AUGCUGUACUUAUUACAACGCGGUAAAGUACGUUCCCAAGUUAUAAACGUGCCCGAAGGACUACCCGAAAUAUUAACUGAUAUAACACGGGAAGUGCUUCGUUGCCAACCGACGCCGGAAUGCAUGUGUCAAUUUAUUAUCGAUUAUUUGCAUUCGGUAAUCUUGACCAGGGACAGAGCACGAGUUGCGAAAAACAUUAUUGAUCGUGCUUUAAUGAAGGUGGAUGAAAUCAUAGGUGAUUUAUGCUAUUGCGAUAUACCCAAGGAGAAAUCGGAACAAAUGAGCUUAGCUAUGGAGGAUUGCUUUAAGCGUUUCUUGGCCAAGCGACGUUGUGAGAAGGAUAGGCAAAGCGAAGUUUUGAAAUUUAAAGAGUUGGAUAUAUUAGAUGAGUUAAUACGAAAAUGUAAAUUUAAUGACGACGAGCUGAAGAAGUCGCGGCAAGCUAUCGAAGAAGCCUAUAACAAAUUUAUGGACUUUUAUUUGCUCACAAACACGGAUGACGAUGCUACCGAGGCGUUAUAUCAGCAUUUCCGCGCCCGAGAGUUACAGCGACAAGUCGAGGAACAAGAAAAAGAAGCAGCCACCAAAAUACAGGCGUAUUUUCGGGGUUAUGUGGUUAGAAAGUCUAUGCAAGAUCUAAGAAGGACUUCCUUAUCAAUGCCUCCAAGUUUUGAUAUUCAUCCGCCCGAUGAUCAAACUACAAUGAAACACGAUUUGGCAGCACGUAAAAUCCAAACAUUCUUUAGAAAUCGUUUCUCAAAAACUUAUGAAAGAAAGACGAAACCUGAUGACAUGUGCGCAGACCUUUCCAAGAUCUCAAUGAUGGAUCCUUUGCCCAUAACGAGUUCCCUUAUCGUAGAAGCUCAAAGCGCAAAUGAAGAACGACCAGCUUCGCAGACAGAGCCUGUCGCCGUACCGGAAGAACGCAAGGAACUUCAAGUUAGCGAUGCUAAUAAAAAAGAUAUCUUCAAGGAGCAAAAGUCUGCGCAGAUACUGGAGAGGCCCAUCGUAACACAAGCUGAGGUUGCUGAAAUGGAAGAAGAAUCGCUCCAUGAAGACGACGGGAUAGAAGAAUAA